AUGACCGAGGUCCCUUGGCCAGCUGUCCCCAACGGGACGGACACAGCGUUCCUGGCUGGCCUGGGCUCGCCUUGGGGAAACAGUACUGUAGCUUCCACGGCAGCAGUUGCCUCUUCAUUCAGAUGUGCCCUGACCAAGACCGGCUUCCAAUUCUACUACCUGCCGGUGGUCUACAUCUUAGUGUUCAUCAUAGGCUUCCUGGGCAACAGCGUGGCUAUCUGGAUGUUCGUUUUCCAUAUGAAACCUUGGAGCGGCAUCUCCGUGUACAUGUUCAACUUGGCUCUGGCUGACUUUUUGUACGUGCUCACCCUGCCAGCUCUCAUCUUUUACUACUUCAACAAGACUGACUGGAUCUUCGGGGAUGCGAUGUGCAAGCUGCAGAGAUUCAUCUUCCAUGUAAACCUCUAUGGCAGCAUCUUGUUCCUCACCUGCAUCAGCGCACACAGGUACAGCGGCGUGGUGUACCCGCUCAAAUCUCUGGGCAGGCUCAAGAAGAAGAAUGCCAUUUAUGUCAGCGUGCUGGUGUGGCUGAUUGUGGUGGUGGCCAUCUCCCCCAUUCUGUUCUACUCUGGCACUGGGAUGCGGAAAAACAAAACCAUCACCUGCUAUGACACCACCGCCGAUGAGUACCUGCGAAGUUAUUUCAUCUACAGCAUGUGUACAACCGUGGCCAUGUUCUGCAUCCCCUUGGUGCUGAUCUUGGGCUGCUAUGGAUUAAUUGUUAGAGCUCUGAUUUACAAAGACCUGGACAACUCUCCUCUCCGGAGGAAAUCCAUUUACCUGGUAAUAAUUGUCCUGACAGUGUUUGCUGUGUCCUACAUCCCUUUCCACGUGAUGAAAACGAUGAAUCUGCGGGCACGGCUGGAUUUCCAGACCCCAGAAAUGUGUGCGUUCAACGACAGGGUUUAUGCCACCUACCAGGUGACACGAGGUCUGGCGAGUCUCAACAGCUGUGUGGAUCCCAUUCUUUAUUUCUUGGCUGGAGACACUUUCAGAAGGAGAUUGUCCCGAGCCACCAGGAAAGCUUCCAGGAGAAGUGAGGCCAAUUUACAAUCCAAGAGUGAAGAAAUGACUCUCAAUAUCUUAUCCGAGUUCAAGCAGAAUGGAGACACGAGCUUGUGAAGGCACCAGACCCAAACACCUCCCUUUUGUAACAUGGUAGGAUGCUCACAGAACCAACUACCUUCUUGUUCUCCUUAAGUUCCUAGUGCUCCAGAUCAGACAGUAGUGAGUUGAGGGAAAAAAAAAAAAAAAAAAAGGAAGCAUCGGUUUAUUGCACGCUCACGUUUCUCUUCCUUUCCUGUAAGCUCCUUUCUUACUCACUAGGAGUCUGUGUAAUCGAGCUGUGCCACCUAGAUAAACACGCCCUCUUCUCCCUUUGAAACUCACAGGCACGGCUAUUAUUUGAGUGUGUGCAUGUGUAGCAGAGCACUUUUGAUAUUAAAAGUUUCUCCCAGAAAAACUGGCUGCCUGGAA